AUGGAGUUUGAAGCUAGGGAAGAUGGGAGUGGUCAAGAACUGGUUACUUUGAAUGUGGGAGGGAAGAUUUUCACAACCAGGUUCGCUCCCCAAGACAGCAGAGACCAAGAAUGCAGGAUGGGUGAUGGCCAUAUUUUUGUGAGCCGAGACAGUGUUUUAUUUAGUUUCAUCUCUGAUUUUUUGAGAACUCACCAGCUUUUAUUACCUAAUAACUUUUCAGACUAUCGCAGGCUUCUGAGAGAGGCUCUUUUCUACAACCUGACUCUGGCACAGCCAUGGCCUGCUCUUGUGGAGGUGCGUGUCCAGGGCUGGAACACUAAAGCUUUUUUCACGGUUUUUGGCUCUUGCAGCAAAACAAUUGAGAUGCUAACUGGGAGGAUUACAGUGUUUACAGAGCACCCUUUAGCACCAGCUUAGAAUAGGAACUCUUCUCAGACAACUUUACUUCAGCUGCCUCCACAAAGACCUUCUUCCCAUGACCUGGUUUUCCAGUGCGGCUCUGACAGCACCACUGAUAACCACACUGGAGUCAGGUAUGUUUCUAUAAAACCUGAUAACCGAAAAUGUAAUGGAGCAAAUGUCCUCAGCUCUGACACCUUAUUAAAAGAAGGCUUUCAUUUCAUUAGCACCAGAACAACAUCUGCUGAAGACAAAACUGAACGCUAUAGCUUUGAAAGGAUAAAAAGCCCUGAAGCACUCACCAUGAACAAAACACCACAAUCAGAGACCACUACAGAACAGCCUCAGAGAAAGAAAAGAAGUUGUCUGUUCUCUUUUAGGGAAAUUGCCAUUUUCUUGUUUGGAAAUUUCAUGCUUAGGCCACCCGUGUUAAGUCUGUACUUAGCCUGCCCUUUCGGCUUCAUGUCCCACUGGGCACUUCUGGGCAGAAACAGUGCUGAAGCCACGCUGAAUGACCUGCUGCUCUCUGGACAACUCCACGUGCUUGGUCCCUGCACAUGCCCCUGA